UCGAGCGUUUGUGUUUAACAUCCGUCGUGUCGGAUACGAUGCAUGCCAUGGUGCGAAGUCGUGUCGCGUUCAAUUCGUAUUUCGCAUUUUCAUCGUUGCCUCGUAUCCCGAGUUUCAGACGCGUGUGAGUACCGGGAGUGUUUCGUGAGUGCCGAAAAUGAAGGAUCGCGCGUUCGUGCCACGUGUGAAUCAAAACGAAUCAUCCAGAAUCGUCGAUCGCGAGGAGGAUCUUAAGGCUCUCGAACGUUCGACAGCUGCGGCCGAGACGGAGCUGGACCGAGCUGGAGGGAGCGACCAGCGGCGAACGGGAAGGAAACACAUCGGGCGACGCCGUGCGUCGCGUCGUUGAAACACUUCUGUCAACGAACGCUCGUCGCGGACCCAAAUUACGGAUAUAAAUCGAUUGUUACGCGAUUUCUUAUCGCGACGCGCACCUCCUGCGGCUUCCGACGAGUUCUCGUGGAAAACAAUGGCUUUCGCCUGAAGAAACACCGGAUGUCACGAUAAAGAGGCAACGUGGAAAGUUUUACGAACACGCGUGAAUUUUUCCAUUCCUGGAAGAGGAAUCGAAAGAACCGACGGAAAAAUGAAAAAAAAAAGAAAAAAAAGAACAGAUUUUUUCCCCGCCCUAAUUUAUAUAUACAUUUGAAACGCCCGGGGAUGUUAUGGUACGAAGUUGGCUGCAACAUCGCGCGCGGAAAGCAGAAAGCAUCGUCGCGGUCGAGGUGUCGCGCGUCGCGCAGUAACAUAUCUCAACAGUCGUGGAAGUCGCGCGUGCAUCCGUUACAUCAUCGGACCCGGACGGCCGCGCGUCGCGCGACGCUAAAUAUCUCGCGGGGGACACGUUUUGUUUACCAACGGCGGCGCGCGGCGCGACUCGCACGCAUCGACGCAACGACGGGCGGCGCGGCGGCGGGAGGAGAGGCGCGGCGCGACGGCGGUUAGUUAGUGGUGGCCGGCGACGCGACGGCGGACCGCGUGGUAGGAGGCUGCCGCGAUUCAAUUUCAGUCGAAGCGCGUCAGGCAGACCGAGCGAGCGAGCGAGCGAGCGAGCGAUCGCCAGCGAGAACGAGUCGGCGGCCGCUCUCCUUUCCGCGCCUCGAUUUUCGACGAAUCGACGGAAUUAACGGAGACAGAGGGAAUAAAAACAGGCGCUCGCGCCCGCAUGUCGCGCGUGCCUGCAGGUGCGUGAACGUAGCUGCGUGUGGCUGCGCGCCUUCGUCCCCUCCCCGCCCCUCUCCUCCUCUCCUCUCCUCUCCUCUCCUGUCUCCGGCCGAUCCACACUACGCGCCGCGAGGGAGGCUUGUGCGCGAGUGUGUACCUCCAGCAGCGACUCCAGCAUCCAGUCGGUUUUUACGUCGCACGCGUCGAACCCGGUUCGCUUCGCGCGUCGCCGUGUCACGAGAUUCGAUUCGAGAUCGCCGUCCGAUAACUCGAGAGAACGAGAUCCUCGCGGGGGAGCGCCGCGAGUCAAUUCGGCGCGAAUCGACUUUGAAACCGGCGAAAAAUGCAAAUGGCGGCGUGAACGUUGGAGCCUUUGCCGGCUCGGGCGGUACCGACGCGUUUGAUCAGCGUGAUCUCGUUCGCGACGCGAAACUCGGAGUGGUGCGCGAGAUGAACUUUGGCAAGGACACGGCGGGCACUCGUACACUCGUGAUUGGCAACGAUCUGUCGCGGCACAACGACAACAACAACGACGACGACGCUCGGGGUCGUCGCGCGUACGUGUGUCAACCAUGAGCAGCGGGUGGAGCAGCAGCUAGUAGAAAGAAAGAAAGGAAGGAAGGAAGGAAGCAAGGAUCAAGGUUCUCUCCUGAUCGAGUGCGUCCGAUCGAGAAUGGAAUUCGGGGGCUACAAGGGCACCGGACCCCGCGUCAGGCUGCGCCGACGCGCGGAAUUGGGCAGACGGCUCACCAGGAGGCUGUCCCUCGUCGCGAAAAUGCCGGCUGCGAUUCUCAGCAGGGCGAACCCACCGGAGCCGAGACCGGUCGAGAUCACGGCGAUUGCACCUGACAAGACGCAGCUCACGUUGUCAGCCACAUCGCCUGGAGCUAUUUCUUCCGUGGUCGCUCCGAUACUUUUGAAAUAUCGAGUUUGCAGGCCUCGAUUGCUGCUCGCUGGUUCGAGGGCCGAAGUCGAUCCCGCGGCCGAUGUAGCUCUUCUACAUGGCGAAGUUCUACUCAUCGAAGAUUCUGCAAGGCAAUACAACGCGAUUGGAGAUACUGAUCGCAGAUACAGGGCUACAGAGAAGUUAUUGCACGCGGAAGAGGAGUAUCACGAAGUAUUGUGCAGCGCCAAAGAAUUGUACGCACGUCCGCUGGCACGGAGUUACCCCGAGUUUCACGAUGUUAUAUUUCAACCUCUCGCAGAUUUGUCGCGGGUCAGUGCGGAGCAUUGCCAGAGGAUCCGCGGGGCACUCGAGAAUUGGGACGGUGGUGCCUUCAAGUCGAGUGACUUAUUCCCCGGUCCGUUUUGGAACUCUUACUGGGAAUACUUGGAGAAGUACAGCGAGGCUAGGAGGACCCUGGACGAGCUGAGGGCAACCGAAAACCCUCUACUGCACUUUCUCACUCUUCGGCAGGCGGCCGCGAGGCACUCGCCUUUGUCCUUGCUUCUCCUACCGGUUCAGAGGCUCGCCGAGUACGAGAGAUACUUGGGACAGGAAGCGAGGAACUUGAUAGACAGCGAGUGCAUUGACAGCGGGUCGGUCCUCCACCGUGGACAGUUAGAGGGUGACCUUCACCGCAUCCAAGAGCUGUUCCCCGGCGACAACUUGCGACUGCACGAGAGAGACGUUGUCACCACGAAAACGAAGAAUAUGUUACGUAAAAGAAAUGGCAGUACUCCAGUCAGGCUGACGAGAGGACUUUCUCUGAAAGCUCUGGAUACAACGGAUAGUUCCCUGUCUCCGACGAAAUCGCCGACUAGAACCUUUCUUCUAGAAACGCCAGUCCAGUUCACAUCGGGUGUGCAAUCCCAGGAGAGGCACCUCUUCCUCUUCACCGAUUUGCUGCUGAUCGCGAAAGCUCGCAGCAGCGGGAACUUCAAACUGAAGCAAAUCGUGAGAAUGAGUGAACUCUGGCUGACGAUCGGUCACAUAGAAGACGUGGCGGAAACCAGCAAGUCCGCGGAAACUAGCUUUGUCAUUGGCUGGCCAACCACGAAUGUCGUAGCGACUUUCAUGACCGCCGCAGCGCGAGAUCUCUGGUGGGGACGUUUGAGCGAUCUCGUGCGAGAGGAGAGCAUGAAGGAGCCACCGGAGACGAACAUUCAAGUCGUGUACCACGACAACGACACACACACCGACUACUUCAAGACGAUCAAGGCCCGCUCCGAUAUGACGGCGCAUGACUGCGUGAAGGAGGCGAUGCCACUGUGGGGUCUUCAAGGACCUUUCCAGCUUUGGGCCCGAACGUUCCCGGAGGAGCCGCCGUAUCCAUUGAUAGGGCACGAACGGCCAUUCGCCGUGAAAAUGUCGCGUCUACGACACAUGCUCUCGGCAGAUGAGGGUUUCGACCUGGUGCACAUCAACAACAGUGGUGUCGAUUUGUGUCCCUUCAUCCUCAGGCCCGUGAUGAAGACACCCGCGAAGAAGAACAAUCGAUCCAAGAUAACCGGUCUGUUGCGUCGCUCGCUGUCGUUGAAUACGAAUCUAUUCGGUGUGCCUCUGUCGCGGCUGGACGAGAACGGACUGCCUAAACCUGUUCUCAUGAUGCUGCAACAAUUGUUUGCGAAAGGCCCGUUCAUGCAAGGAAUAUUCCGCAAGUCUGCGAAUGUUCGAAUCGUUCGAGAGUUGAGAGAACAGAUCGAGUCUACAGGAGAUCCUAGUUGCCUGGAGGAUGCGCCGAUUAUAGCGGUGGCGGCUUUGCUGAAGGACUUUUUGAGGUCCUUACCGGAUCCCCUCUUGACCUUCCAUCUAUUUCCUCUUUGGAUGGAAAGCUUAAACACGCCGAAUCCUGUCCAAACCAUUAAAAGCAUUUUAGAUAGAUUGCCGAGAGCGAAUUUCACACUACUCUCGCAUUUAAUUUGCGUGUUGCACCAUGUGGCGAGACGAUCAAAACGUAAUCUCAUGUGUGCCAGCAAUCUUGGCGUUUGCUGUGGUCCGAGUUUACUUUGGUCCUCAAAUCCGUCAGUAAAUCAGAGUAGAGCGAUCCCAACAAUCACGGAAAUGUUAAUCCGUAAUUGCGAGGAUUUGUUUGGUACCAAUGUCACGCAGCUCCUUGGAGAAGACACUCGCAGCGACAGUGGAGCCGAGGAGAGCACCGACAGUCUUCAUUGUGGAAUAUCAUUGGAUAGUCUAGACCUGACGGAGGCACCACGUAGAGACCCCAUGUCCUUGUCAAGAGACUCAGGCUUAACUUUGUCAGAUUGUCAAUUGUUCAUCCCGGAAUCGCCCGUAGGCUCGGAAGAUUCUGCCCCGAAUGCUCCAACGUCUACCAAUUACGAUAAGACUUUUGUAAAGGAGGAGAAGUCUAAUGGUAAAACCUACAUGCCAGUUUAUAGAUGCGGUUGGGAGGAGAGACUAAAUGGUUAUGCAUCCGGCACUCAUAACCAUACAAACAACGGGGAGCACAACUUUAGAGAGGAAAAGGCCAACGGCUGUUAUCCUAAUCCGUCUCAAUCGUCAAAUUUCCAACGGCAAGAUUGGCUACGAGCACAACUUAAAAGAACACCGAGAACGAACAAAUUGGACGAACACGAGCACAGAAAAGAGAGAUUCGGCGAUAAGGAUACAUUUGAUAGGGAGUACCUUAGACAAGACACAUUGAAAGAAAACGUAGAAAACUGCAAGGCUUAUCGGAGCAGACAGUUGAAUGUAAGCUACGAUAUAUUGUCAGAAGAUUACAAUAGCAAAAACUUGCAGCAGGACAUUCGAAGUGCCGAACGGGUGUCGAUUCACGAUUCAGAGCAGGAUCUAACGAGUGGUGGCGAUACACCUCGCUCCGGCAGCGAUUGCUACGAGUUCAAAAAGGUUAAGUCCUCCGAAGUUCAAUAUGUAAGUUUGGAGUCUCCGAUGUCGGAGAAAGAGCGCCGUCGUCAAGCUCGCGACUGUGAAUUGUACGAUGACUUUGUUAGGGUAAAGGCGAUAUACAUGGAAGCGCUGAAAUACUGCAAAAAUAAGGAUUCGAAUGGUGAAUCCGACAGUAAAAUUACAUACUGCGAGGAUAGGAGUCGGUCGACCGAGGUCUACGGAACCACGGAUGUAAACAAUUCUUAUAAGAGCGUAGUCGACCUCAGCGAGGAUGAGCAAGAAGAAAGAACUACAUCAUGGCCGGACACACCGCCUCCAUUGCCGCCAAGACUUAGACACCUGCCACCGGUGCAUAUGAACCUCGAGGACAGGCAUAAAGUGGCGGGUAGAUCUAGAUCUUUACCCCCGCCACCGCCUUAUCGACCUCCACCGCAGCCUCGCGCUCCCAUUACCACGAGGCAUCUAGGAUUCGGUAGAUCUGUCGUCGACGAUGAAAGCUACGUCUGAGAACGAAUGGCAGAUUCAUCCUGGCUAUUAAUCAUCGAAUAUAUCCCUUUGCCUCCCAUUAUCCCGGCAUGUAUAAUGUCCAAGUCGUAGAAUCGCUACGACAAUUGAACCUAGUCCAAACCGAAACAAGCAUUGUAUCGGGAUAAAGAGAUAACGGCGUUUAAUCGCACCGUCGCGAUUUUUUGUCAAGAACGACGAGUACUUAUCGUUCUUCUUUGAUCAAACUUAGAAAUAGCGAGAUGAACGCGAAACAAAGUGAGACGGCGAAGUAUAAAAUUCGUUGUCUAUUCGUGACCGCUGACAAUAGAUCUUGGCCCGUAUUCUUGUUAUGUUUUCGGCAUUAAAUGUGCUUAUUCGCGAUAUCUAUCUUCUUGACUUGAAUUUUUCGCAUAAGCCGACAAAACUCUGUAUUCAGAGUUAAAUAUUGCGCAAAUCGAGGAUCCGGGCCUGCGACUGUCAUUCAGUGAUUCAGGGUGCUUCCACGAGCGUUAAUUCAUAUUAUUUUAGUAGGCUUAGUAUUCGUAUGUAGGUAGUUAACUAAGUAUAAACUAAACAAACGGACAAUACUAGCCCCAAGACGAUACUAUGAGUAACUCUUUUCUUACACAAAUAACGUUUGUAAAACAUUAAUGAGAGAUGAAUUCUGUGCGAGUGUUGAAGUUUUGUGAAAAUACGAAAAUUUAUUGCUGUUUAUUAGCAAUGCAAUGAAAAGCACAAUAAUGCGCUCGAUAUGUUUUACGGUACCUUAACCAACUGAAAAUCUUUUACUCUUGUGUUUUUUUUAACGGAUGCGUUUGAAUACAUUUUCUAUCGAUGCGACAGUGCAUUUAAAUAUUUUAAGUUAACGAGAAACCAAUAUCAGUUACGAGAAAAAAACAUAAUGAUAAAAUUUCCCAGAACAAAACCAGUUAUAAAUUUUUAAAGAAUAUUGCAAGAUAUUUCGUUUUGCACACUCGUAACUGAUACCAAUUCAAAGUUGACUUUAAUAUAAGAAACUUUUUUUUUAAUAGUUUUGUUAACGCGUUGGUAACAUUACAUUUUAACAAAAUUUGAUUGACAGAAUUAUAAUCUCUUAAAUGUUUUCUUUGCCACGCGUAUUUUCCAAAUUUUUUGCGCUUGUAUCGAAUGAAAACGAAUCUUCCCCGUAACCAACAAAGAUAAACUCCGUUUCUCUGACAAUCGUAAUGUGAUUUACAAACAUGAGAUACUGUGUGCGUGGAUACAAUCAUGAUUAUGUUCUAACGACUAUAGGAUGCAAGAAGCAUUGAGACGUUCAUGUACUAUGCGACCAACUUUUUGCUGUUCUUUGUAUAUAUUAAAUUGUAAACUGUCAUCUUCUCUUUUAUAUCGUUGAACUUAUGGUACGAUGUGUAACACCCAUAAAAUAUGUAUACUUAUCUAAAUUAUAUAUAUGUUAUGCUAUAAAAAGCAAAUAUAUAUAUUUCGUAUUUUA